AUGAUGCGCCGACUGGUCUUCUUUGUCUUCCUCGAGUUCGCGGGGCUGCCGUGGCUCGCCUCCGCAGUUGCGCUGCAGAGCGUGGACAUGGCUGCGGAGCAGCAGACGUCGCAGGAGAGGAAGGUCAGCAAGGCCAAGACUGGCACGGUGCACGCGGCAAAGCGCAGGAUGCGGGCUGGGCUGGUUGAUGCCACGUGGACGCCUGCGGCCCCCUGGGGACACAGCGCGGAAGAGUUGGCGAAGGUCGGAGGCGUCGAGGACAGCAGAGACGACCUGGAGGAGCGCGCCACGUCUUCAUACUUCGUCCACAGGCUGAAGGUCGAGGUGAACGAGACGACGGCGGAGUGA